AUGGCAUUCCUGUGCUCCAAGCUCCAGGUGGCUGUGGAAACCCAAUCCCAAACCGAGCCUCGCUGGCACACAGAGUGCCGGGAACGCCGAAUGCUGCUGCCUCCCUCCGGAGACAUGGCCGCCGCACCUGCCAGCCAUCAGCCUCAUCACAGCCAGUAUAUCUACCCCGGCUUUCGACUCCAUCCUCGCUCGAUCGUCGCAGCUCUUGACCUGGUUCACUCACCUCCGCCUCCCAGCUCGGCCAGCCGGCUCUCUCUCUCUCUCUCUCUCUCUCGCUCUCGCUCGCUCGCUCGCUCGCUCGCCUGCCUCCUCCUCCUCCUCUCGCCGCCUCCACGACGCCCUCCGGCUUCUCCUCUCGCACCCCGCCUGGACCCCAGUCUCCGCGCCCUCUCCUAUCCGUUUGCCAGCCUCCCUCAAGCCUCCAGCCUAGGUGCCCUCCGUUCCUCCAGCUUCUCGGUUCCCCGUGUCCUCGUCUGCCUCUCCCCCUCCUUCCACCCGCCCUCGCCUCGAACCUCCUUUUCCUCAAGAAACCUCAUUUUCUACCCUCAGCGUUGCGUUUGGCAUCAUAAAAAAAUGUGUCUUCAACUGGGGCCAUCCUGGCUACUCGUGUCUGUACAUCUUCAGGGUCCAUGGGAAGCUGUCAGGCUGAAGACUGAAAUAAAGGAGAAGACAGAAGACCAACACCUGGGUGCAGAGCAGAGGUGUGUAUAUAUAGAAAGGUGAGUAUAUGUCAAGGGGAAUGAGACUGCACUACUACCGGUUGGGUGGGGCACCUUGGCCGAGGUGGUGAAUCUCGGUACCAGUGAACCCUCAUCUCUGCCAGGUCAAAAUAAGCUGAAGGAGGCUCCAUUUGGCUCAGAGGAGAUACAGGGCUGUCUACACCGCAGUGUGAGGGGAAUUUUCUGUCCAAUUUCCGCAACACAAGCUGUAAUCUCUUCUACAUGUGCCCAGAUAUUUUCAGUUUGAUUCACUGUAACUGUGGACCGCACGGGAUAAACUGGUGUUCAGUCCUGGCUCUGGUUCUCUCUCUGUGUAGUUUGUGUAUUCUCUCCGUGUAUGUGUGAGUUUACUCCGGCUGCUCCAGUUUCAUCCCAUACUCUAAAGACAUGCAGAUUAGGUUAAUUAGAUGUUUGCAUUAUUUAAACAAUAAAGACCUUUUUAUUUACUACGUA